UGACGAAAAUCGCGUUCAGUCGUAAAACCAACGGCAUUCGGUUUAGAGGUGAAGCAGUAGGCCUUGCAUUAAACGAAACAAUCGAAAACAAAGAGAUUAAAAUAAUGGAAAUCAAGAGUGCCGAAGAGCUGGACGAGUUGCGCAACCAGCAUUGCUUGAGCAGCGCGAGGAAAGGAUACGGCGUGUUCAAAGGUUACGCUCUUCCGGAGAACUUCGCCAAGUAUCAGAAGGAAAUCGAAGAUCUGGAAGUGUACGACGAUGACGUCUGGGUCACCAGUUUCCCGAAAUGCGGGACGACAUGGACCCAAGAAAUGGUCUGGUGCAUCGCCAACGAUCUCGAUUUCGAGGCGGCCAAGGUCGAUCUGGACGAGAGGUUUCCAUUCGUCGAAUACUGUGUUCUUUUUGGAAUCGAUUGUCCGAACGAUUCGCUACCGAAUGUGAGGAAAUCCAUCGAAUAUCUGAAGAGCAAGCCGAGGCCGAGGUUCGUGAAGACGCAUUUACCAUGGGAACUGUUGCCAAAACAAAUCAGAAACUUCGAGAGGAGACCAAAAAUAAUUCACGUUGCAAGAAAUCCGAAAGACGUGUGCGUCUCGUAUUACCAUCACCUGAGAUUGUUGGAAAACUAUUCGGGUGAUCUCGAUCUUCACAUGCAGCUGUUCGUCAAGAACAAACUUGGUUGGACGCCGUUCUUCGACAAUAUCCUUGGUUACUGGAAGAGACGGUCCGAAUCGAACAUCAUUUUCCUGAAGUACGAAGAUAUGAAGAAGGAUCUGCGCAGCGUUGUCGUCGAAGUGAGCGAUUUCCUUGGCGUGAAAUUGGAUGAGGAUCAGAUGAAAAGGUUGCUGCAUCAUCUCAGUUUUGAGCAGAUGAAGAACAACUCUUCGACGGAUCAUUCCGCACUCGUCUCGUUCUUGAAAUCGAAAGGUCUUUGCUACAAUCCCGGCGGUGUUUUCAUGAGGAGCGGAGAUACGGGAUCAUUCAAAUCCGAGAUGUCGCCGAAGAUGAUCGAGUUCAUUGAUCGAUGGACCGAAGAGAAUCUGGCUGGAACCGGACUCAAAUUCUAACAUUACAUCCAAAGAAAAAUUAUAGUAAUUUGCUCAAUUCGAUGUCAUAAUUUAAAAUUAAAAAUUAUUUUUUUGUGAAUUAA